CAUAAUGUUGCCUUGACUACGUCGCCAUCUUUUAUUGUACAAUGGCUGAACUUGGCUAGAUGCAAAAAGAUUUUAAUAAGUUUACGACUUGAUUGAGCAUUCCCAGUUCCUAAAAUGGAAGGACGGAUGAUGGUAGCAAGACUUCCCCCCAUUGAAGGAGGAAGAACUAUAUCACCAAGAGCUGGCCAGCAAUUUGAAGGAUUAACAGGGCCAUCAUAUAAGCUUGAUGACAAAACACACCCCUUACCCAAUCCAAAAUCUCUGAGGCCUUAUGUGGACACAAGGUCAGGGGAUGUGGACACAUGGCCUGCUCAUGCCAGUGGCCAAGCAGGGGCAUCUACAACGUUGAUGCUGUCCAAAAACAAAAGUCUGAUUCUGUAUGAUGAAGAAGCCAUGGGCAAGCCCAAGAUGAUUCCCAAACCUAGGUUUCUGGAACAGCUGGAGAGUUACCUGAAGAAAGAGUUACGGGCCCUUGGUGUUACAGAUGUUAAUGCCAAUGAACUCAGAUUACAGGCACACAGAGAGGUGUUUGAAUAUUUAAUAGAGGACUUUAAGACUUACAAGCCUCUCCUAUCCGGCAUUAAGAAUGAGUACGAGAUGAUGCUGGCCUACCAGAGACAAGUCAUAAGAGAACUCGAGCCACUAAAGCAAAUGCUGGUGACAGUAUCAGAACAGUGUGACCAGAAAAUAAUGUCAAUCAGAGAGGAAGAGAAGCAAGAAAUAAAGGAUUUAAAAGCGGAAAACAAGAGACUUCUGGAGAAAAUUCAGAACAUGCAGAAUGAGCGAUUGGAUCUGGUCGCAGAAGUGAAAAAGUUGGAGGAUGAUCUGGCAGAAACAUACAAAAAUUACCGUGAUGAAUUAGACUCCAAGAAAAUGUUGCUACAAGAAAUGAAUGAUAUGAGAGAUCAGAAAGAUGACUUAAUGGCAUCCAAGGAGUCAGCAGAAAUGGAGGCUCAAGACGAUCCUGUUACACUCAAAAUAGCUCUCAGGCAAGCCAGAGAAGAUGAGAAGAAUGCCACAAAACGUUUGAAUGACAUGAUUACAAAUUAUUAUGAUGUCAUCCCAAGACGAGACUUUGAGACUCUAGAAGCCAAACACAAUGCACUGGUAGAGUCAACUGAAACCUUGAAAGAUGACUUUGAUAAACUGAAAUUGGAACAUGAUACAUUACUGGAUAUUCAGAAGCAGGUUACCAAACAGAGAGAUGAAUUCUAUGUAGAGCUAGAGCAGAUGAAGAGAGCAUCCACUCCCAGGCCUGAUUGGGAGAAAUGUGCAGACGUUGUAUCAGGUGGUGUGGUCCGCUGGAAGGAGCUCUCAGAUGGCAAGACGUCCAAUGACCUGGUGGAUGCUCUGCUCUCAGAAAUCCAGGCAGGCGGACCAGUGGAUUCGGGUGGAGCAGAGUAUUUUGAUGGACAGGGAACUGGACCUUCUGUUCCAAAAUACUUGCGAUUUGAUGGACCUGUUCGUAACCGUCGUCUUGGCAAAAGAGAUUGUCUGUUACUUAUCCGUGAUAUUUGGAGGGAAAAAGCUGCCCAUGAUGCAUCUAAAGCAGAAGGAGAAAAGCGUGACAGCAUGGCCGACUUCUUGGAUACCUACCUCAGUCGCCGAUUUGCCAUGGAGCAGAUGAAGGUAGAAUGGGCAUACAAUCUUCAUGAUGCCUGCCAGAAAUACUCGAGUGAUGAGCUUGUGGGAUUGUUCUGGGGAGUGCUGGAAAACAAUGUUGAUGAAGAAAUCUACCAUGACCAGAUGACAAAAAUAGAGCAGCUGUUAAAUCAGCUGACAUCUAUUGAUGUGGAAAAAGGAAAUCCAGGAAAACUCACCAAGAAUGAGCUUAUAUCUGGAAUCCAGACAGUGCUGCCCAAUGUGGAUGAGGAAUCCAUGGCAGCUCUGGUCAAGGGGGCAGAACUGGAGCUGGAUGCUCAGAAUGCAGAGGAGAUUGACUACAAGGAAAUGUUCAAAGAGGAUGAUGAAGGAAGAUUUGGUCCCUUCCUUGAUGAAGUUCUUAAAUGGAUGAAACAGGAUCGGUUAAACUUUGGAGAGGAAGUCAAACAAAAGCUUGAGGGGUCAAGCAAAGUUGAGGUGGAUGAAAUGAAACAGCUGGUAAUGGGAGCUGCACCAAACCUGGACACACCCCAGCUCCUGAAGAUUUUGGCCUGGGUGUAUGAGACAACCCCUGAAAAUGUUCCUAGUGCUGAAGCCGCUGAACUUUCUAGAGCCAUAGAGAGGCUACAAAACUGCCAUGUUCCCCGAUCAUAGUAUCAUUCUUGAGUGGUCCAUUGAAUGAUGUGUAUCUGUGUGAUUGAAUGAUAGGACAUAAGUAUGAAUGGAUUGAUUGUAUGUAUAAUUUCUGGGAUCAUUAAAUAAAGUCUGUGAUAUCAGUGAAUGUACUGUCAAUUACUCUAACACACAUGUGGUACAUGUGUGUACAAUGUUGGUGUACUUUUUACUGUGUGCAUUUUAAAUUUAUAUUUGUUAUGAAAUAGAAUUACAUGAUCAUGUUUAGUACAUGUAUAAAUGUAUGUUGAAAAAUAAAUUACUAUACAAAUUC